AUGGCCACUCCAUCAACCGGCGUCGCCAUCAUCGGCGCAGGCCUCUCCGGCCUCGCCCUCGCCCUCGCCCUCCACCGCAAAAACAUCCCCUGCAUUCUCUACGAAUCCCGCAAAGCCUCCCUCGACAUCGGCGGCGCCAUCAUGCUCUCCCCCAACGCUCUCAAGAUCCUCGACGCCCUAGGCGUCUACGCCAACAUUGCCCCCCUCGGCUACCACUUUGAAGAGCUCUUCUUCCGCUCCGAUGACGACAAGCCCGUCGACAACUUCGAGUUUGGCUCCCAGGCCAAGCACGCAUACAAGGCCCUCCGCAUCUACCGCUACGAGCUCAUCAACGUCCUCGCCUCCAUGGUCGGCGACGCCGGCAUCCCCGUCCAGUACAACAAGAAGUUCUCCCACGUCACCUCCGAGUCUUCUUCCUCCGUGACCUGGGCCUUUGCCGACGGAUCCUCCGCCACCGCAAAGCUGCUCGUCGGCGCCGACGGCAUCCACUCUCGCGUCCGCAAGCACCUGUACCCAGACCUCGUCCCCAAGUUCACCAACAUGAUUGGCGUCACGGCCGCCGUGCCCCGUGCGCAGCUCCGGGCCGGACCCGACUACCCCCUGCCGGUGACCAUCAUGAGCCCCAAGCACGGCGCCUUUGUCAUUGCCCCGCAGCGCGCCGACGGCUCCGAGGUCCUCAUCGGGAAACAACGUCGUCUCCGGCAAGAGUACGACCGCGCCGGCUGGGACGAGCUGAUGAGCAACAAGUCCUGGUGCGUCGAUUUCCUGCGCGAGGGGAGCGCCGACUUCCCCCCCAUUGUGGCCAAUGCCGUGGCCGACAUCCCGCUCAAGGGCAUCAACCUGUGGCCAUUCUACCUCGUCCCCAAACUGGACGCCUGGACCCAGGGCCGCGUCGUCAUCCUCGGCGACGCAGCUCACGCAAUCCCCCCCACCGCCGGCCAAGGCGUGAACCAGGCCUUUGAAGACGUCUACACCUUUGCCGGUGUCGUAGCCAGUGUACAGCACCAGAAACAGUCGCAAGAUGACCCACAAGACGCCGUGCGCGUCGCCAAGGCGCUCAAGAACUGGCAGCUGGGACGGCAAGCUCGUGUAGACAGGGUGUUGGAUCUGAACGACAAGCUGAACAAGAGACGAUUGCCGGAUGCAGUCAAGGCUGGCGAUUUUGAGCCUUUUGACUUGGAAUGGCUGUAUGGCGUGGAUUUCGAGCAAUUGAUUGCUGAGUGGGCUAAUUGA